AUGUUUAAAACGCUCAAAUUUCCGACGCUGUCCUUUUCACGUGGACGCAUCAUGCUCAAUGCUUCGUCCUACACGAAUAGUGAUCUUUCUCUGAGUGCCGGUGGGUCAGGUAGAAGAGUUGCAUCAGGAGGCUCUAGCAGCACAAGCAGCUCAGUUCUGAUCACAUCGAGCAGCUCUCAUGGCACCAGCUCUGGUGGAGGCAUUGGCGUCUCCACUAGAGGAUCCUCCUCGGCUGUAUCCUCAGGUGGAGGGAGCUCAGCAGGUUCCGGAGGUGGCCUGGCAGGGGCAGGGGCUGGGGCUGGGGCAGGUUUUAGGGCUGGAGGGGGGUCCUCAAGCAUGUCCUCUGGGUUUCUCUGUACUGGUAUUGAAGAAAGGGGAAGAGAGGGUCUGGGUGCUGUGACAGUUUCCACAGUGACCAAGACCAGCUACAGCUCAGGAGGAGGAGGAGGAUCUGGGGAAGUGAAAAGAGGAUCGUCCUCCACGCGCACUCAUUCACCUAGUCCAAGGGAGAGGAAGGGCAUGUCCACCAAGGCUACAGCUUUCUCAGAGGUCUUUGAUGAAAGUUCAAGCGCAAACUCUUCUCCAGAGUACAACAGGAAGGAGUAUGGCGUUUCAAGUGCAAUUUCAACUUCUACCACCAGAGGGAGAAGUCAUAGCAGAGAGAGUGAGAUCAGAGCCAGACUUCAGAGUGCUUCUCCAUCAGCAAGUUGGACGGAGCUGGAUGACGUAAAGCGUCUGCUUAGAGGAAAUGCCUCCACCAGCAGCAGCCCCCCUCAGUCCCCUAACAACACACUACCUAUCCCCAAGAAGGCCAGCGUGGAAACCAGGACCAUGUCUGAGAGCUCCAGCACAGACCACUAUGGCAGCAUUUGGUCUGGAGGUGUGAACAGUAGCUAUGGUUACAACACGAACAACCUGUCCACUAUCUCAACUGUCUACCCAUCAGGAGUUCAGAACAACCUGACACUCAGCUCCCCCUCUGCGAACAGCGGACUGUCUGUCGGUGGCACCGUCCCAGUGUAUGGUGUUCAGAAUAACCUUGUCAGUACCAGUUCUGCUGUCUUCUCUCCUACUGGAACCACUGCACCAAUAGUUUAUGGUGUGCAGAAAAAUGUCUCCAGCACUGGAAUUAGCACCACCACAGUGAGACCCAGCAGUCCCACCAUUGAAGAGGCAUCAGGAAAAGACUUUAAGUUUGUCCUGAUCGAGAAGGAGAACGCUCCUGUCAAGAAGGAGACAGAGCGGCUGGUCAUGACCAAAGACACGGGAAAGCAGUUCAUGUCUGCUGCACCUUCUGCUUUUGCUGCUUCCUACUCUGAAGACUCACUUAAGAGAGAGAAACAGAAGCAAUCAGCCAGCACAUUGGACCAAGGAACAGAUACCAAAUUUGAAACUGUGAAAGUUGCUACAAAAGACAAAGCCACCUAUGCAGAGAUCCGUAAAGAUGAAUCCGGCUUUGGCUUCUGCUCCUGCUGCAGCUGGUGGAAGUGGCUCCUGGGCCUCCUGCUCAGCCUGCUCCUCCUCUUUGGUCUCCUCUUUGGACUCAUAGCUUUGGGUGAAGAAGUGAAACGUCUCAAGAAGCGCGUUGAUGCUCUGGAAACCAUCACUGGCACUUCAUCAGCUCGCUCCAGUCGCCUCUCUGCUUCCUCUGGCAUCAACAUCAUUGACCCACUGGACUCAUCGUACAUUGACAGGAGCUCUUCUGGACCCACCCUGACCCACUCUGAUAAUGGCAUCGGCCUGGGGGCCAGUGGGCCUGGGGCCAGAUCAGGACAAGACGGUGUUGCCCUGCAGAGAACUGUUCAACAGCUGGUCAGGGCUGAACUCAACUCGGAUGCUUUAAGAGACACACUUGUAUACUCACUGAAAGGGGCAAAAGGAGAUCCAGGAACUAAAGGUGAUCCAGGGGCACUUGGACAAAAAGGUGAUAAUGGUUUCCCUGGUGUGCCAGGUCCUCCUGGGCAGAUGGGUCACCCAGGAAUAGAUGGUCCAAGAGGUCCAAAGGGAACUGCAGGCGAACAAGGAACUGAGGGACCACAAGGCCAGAGGGGCCGGGAGGGACCAAUGGGCCCCCGUGGAGAGCUUGGACCACCUGGUUUUGGAGAGAAAGGAGACAAAGGAUCACAAGGUGAGCCAGGACGUCCUGGUCUUGCUGGUGCUCCUGGACCUGUGGGGCCAAAAGGUGCAAUGGGAGAGCACGGUGCCUCAGGAAACCCUGGUGCACCUGGUUCAAAGGGUUUCCCAGGUGAAGCAGGAACUCCAGGAGCAAAAGGUGACAGAGGAACACCAGGCCUGCCAGGAAUCAAAGGAGAUCAUGGAGAGAGGGGACCACGUGGACUGGCAGGUGAACCAGGACAAUCUGGACCACCAGGCUCCGCUGGACAAAAGGGAUCUAAAGGAAUUGGAGGGGAAACCGGUCCAAUGGGACCUCCUGGUGUAAGAGGACCACCUGGGGUUCCUGGAGAUAUUGGCCCCCCAGGUACUCCUGGGAUUCAAGGACCCCCAGGUAUUGCUGGAAUUCCAGGACAACCCGGUUCUAAAGGUGAACCAGGAUCACCUGGCAAAGUCAUCGCUCCAACUGGUUCCAAUACUUUGACCGUCCCCGGACCACCUGGGCCAGCUGGGCCUGCAGGUCCUGCUGGAAUCCCUGGUUUGUCUGGUCCCAUUGGCCCUGCUGGUGUCCCAGGAUCACCUGGAGAACAAGGAGAGAAAGGAGAACAAGGAGAAAAGGGGGAGAAGGGAGGACAAGGAAAACCCGGCGAGCCUGGUUCAGAAACUCUCAGUGCAACUCGAAUGUCUGGACCUCCUGGCCCACCAGGACCUCCAGGGCCUCCUGGAGCACCUGGUCCUCAAGGUGAGACUAAACAAGGUCCCCCAGGACGAAGAGGUCCUCCUGGUGAGCCAGGUGUUGGGGUACCAGGAUCCCCAGGACAGAAAGGAGAACCUGGCAGCUUUGUGCCUACCUCAGAAACCUUCUUUGCUGGACCACCAGGACCUCCUGGACCCCCUGGCAAGCAAGGUGAGCAAGGACAACAAGGUUACCCAGGUGAACCAGGUCAACCAGGUCUUCCGGGAAGUCCAGGGGAAGAGGGUAUUGGCUUUCCAGGUCAGCCUGGAUCUAGGGGGUCCCCUGGACCUCAGGGCCGAGAAGGCCCAAGAGGCCCUCAGGGUGAUCCUGGAGUCUCAACUGGUGGAUCAUCUAGACCUGCUCUCCCAGGACCCCCGGGCCCUCCUGGACCACCUGGUGUACCUGGUAGAGAUGGGAGUGGGUCUGAAUCAACUGAUGUGGGCCAGUACAUUGCAGAGUACAUUCAGAAUGGCAACAUCAGGCAGUACCUGGUUGGGCCUCCUGGGCCUCCAGGUCCUGUGGGGGCUCCUGGGGUUCCAGGAUCCUCAGAGAACGGGCAGGUGGACGAUGUGGCCAACAGAGUCAUUGCCUUCAUCCAGAGAGAGGACGUGAGGAGAUACGUUGCUGGUCCUCCAGGUCCACCAGGACCUCCUGCAGCUCCAAGCCAGAACAGCUACGAAUUCACUACACAGGAAGUGGCUGAACAUGUCCUUGGUCUGAUGAAUGAGAGGGGGAUGGUAGGUCUUCCUGGACCUCCUGGGCCUCCUGGACCCCCUGGAAACUCAUUAUCAACUGGGUAUCAGGCUCAGGGGCCUCCUGGUGUCCCUGGUCGACCUGGACCAGCAGGUCCCCCUGGACCAGCAGGUCCACCUGGCACAGUACUUGGGAACUAUGUUAACGCAGACAUUCAAGACUACCUGCAAAGUGUUGCUUUUAGAGGCCCUCCAGGGCCCCCUGGUCCCCCAGGACCUGAGGGCCCCCCUGGUCCAAUCCGUGGACUGCUGUCUUAUACUGAGCAUGGCAACAGAGAGUUGCUCAAUGCUGAACGACAGGAUUAUGUCAAGACACAUGGUGUGCUGCACGACAUUAUGAGGCAGUACAACAGCCACGUCUCCCAAGGACCCCCAGGACCACCUGGCCCUCAAGGCCCCCCCGGAUAUAGCCGAUUGUUUGGCUCUCAAGAUAAUGUCACAGAUUUAGUGGAAUACAUAAAAACAUAUGGAGCCAUUGCAGGACCACCUGGGAGACCAGGACAGAAAGGAGACACAGGAUUCCCAGGACCAAAGGGAGAGAGAGACAUCACACUGACGAGGAGGAGGAGGAGGAGUGUUGUGUGA